AGUAGGUUGGGUAUGGUGCUGGAAGGUUUGUCUUGAAGAAAUUUUGCUUACAAUAAAAUUCUUUUAUCAAAUCCGGGACUCAAAUCGGGACUUCAGUCAUUUAAGAUAGAUAAAUGGUCAAAAUAUACAUUAAAACGACUAAAUACACUGCUUCAACCGACAGAUUAAUUAUAAAAUCAUUCGACUCUCAACGCUUAAUUAAAUGCUCAAUUAUAAUGCCAUUAACAGUAAACAGCCAUCAACACGAAAAUCAAACCAGCCAGAAGCAUUAAUUAAACAGCUAUUAAAACAUAUGGAUUAUCAGUAAUCUCACCGUUUGUUGCUGUAACCCUGCAAAAAUGUGGCUCUACACGACAGCAACCUUUAUUUAGUCGUGUACUAACACGCCUCGAGUGACCAGCAUGAAGCAUCCAGGGGCCUUUUUGAUUCUAACCGUUGUUCUUGUUUUGUACUACUUUGAACCAGCUAAUGCGUUCGUAAAGCUAGUAAUAUUUGGCACGAAAGUGGAGAUGAAAUGCAACUUUAAAGUUAUUAACGUUUCGUACACGUUCCACAAUCCCAGAUCGCUAGCGAACCAAUCACUGGACUUUAAUAUCUUGGUCACGCGUAAGCUGAACGAUUUAAAGAUGGUACUGUCCUACUACGUUGUCGCACUGAACGGUACGAUACAGAACGAAUUUCUGAAACGUUCGAUCGACGUUUGCUUCUUCUUUCGUAAUCCACGUUCCGAUCGGUUGGUGAAAAGCAUCUUCGACUACAUCAAGGAACGUAGCCGGUUGCCAUCGAGAUGCCCGAUCCAGCCCGACUACUACCACAUGUGCAACCUACGGUUGGCCGACGUGCCGUUACCGGCGCUGCUGCCCGAGGCAGAAUUUAUGAUGAAGCUAGAAUACUAUUCCGGCAUUAAGCAGGAGAUAGUGGCCUCGUUUCGGUUGUACGGUAAAUUGGUGCGGAUUGUAGAGAAUAUUUUACCUAUCAUGCAAUAAAAUAAUUAAAUAUAUUUAAUUGAA